CCAUUCUAAUCGCCGCUACGAUUUCUCGUUCAUUUGUCCAUCGACGAUUGACCGAAAAGGAAGUGCGAGGAAGAAGAAGAGGAAGAGGGAGGAGAAGCGAAUCGAAGCCGCUGCGUUUAUAUAUUAAAUAUAUAGCUUUUUUUAAUUAGUCACGUUGAGUUCCGAGUGCCGUGUUAAGUGGAAGUAUUUAUUUAGGCCCUUAAUUUAAUCAAUCCGACCUCGAGUGUCCGUGUGCGUUAACAGUAAACGUGAAGCGUAUUGGUAUUGGUAUUGGUAAUUGGCUGCCGCUAAAUUGAAAGUUUCAAGUUUUCCCGUUCGUUAUUCGCGUCGACCGUGUAAAAAUUCAGUUUGAGAUCGCAAAUAUGUUCACCAGUCGCGCUUCGUUUUUGGCCAAUCGCCGCAUGAUUUUCGAUUUCUCCGAGAAGAACAACGACAUCUACUUGGAUGCUUUUGGUAUGAGUGAUAAGAGCAGCAGUGCAACGAACAGCCUGCCGAACAGCCCCAUACACAGCAACAACAACAAUCCCACGCUGCUGAACAACAACAGCAACAACAACAGCAUCAGCAACGGCACCAGCAGCAGCAACAACAGCCUAAACGUCGGCAACAACAGCAAUCCGAGCUUGGGCGGCAGCAACAGCAACGCACUGGUUUCCGUGGGCAGCAACGGUAUAAUGUCCGCCGCCGGUUUGGUCAACAACAACAACAAUCCGUGCAGCGCCAACCGCAAUGUGGUCGCCAUGGUCGACGACGACGCCUGCUUCCGACUGGACACGGACGCCACGGUGACGUACGGCGAGAAGGAACCCGACCCGGACAACAUCAAGAUGUUCGUGGGCCAGGUGCCCAAGUCGAUGGACGAGUCGCAGCUGCGCGAGAUGUUCGAGGAGUACGGCGCCGUGCACUCGAUCAACGUUCUGCGGGACAAGGCCACCGGAAUUAGCAAGGGCUGCUGCUUUGUGACGUUUUAUACGAGACGCGCCGCCCUGAAAGCCCAGGAUGCUUUGCAUAAUGUUAAGACGCUAAAUGGGAUGUACCAUCCCAUUCAAAUGAAACCCGCCGAUAGCGAGAAUCGCAAUGAACGCAAACUGUUCGUGGGCAUGCUAAACAAGAAGCUGAACGAGAACGACGUUCGCAAACUAUUUGAAGUCCACGGAGCCAUCGAGGAGUGCACCGUCCUUCGGGACCAGAACGGACAGAGUAAGGGCUGUGCCUUCGUCACAUUCGCUACCAAACACGCCGCCAUUUCGGCCAUUAAAGUGACCCUGAGCCAGAACAAGAUCAUGGAGGGCUGCACAUCGCCGCUGGUCGUCAAGUUCGCCGAUACGCAAAAGGAGAAGGAGCAGAAGAAGAUACAGCAGAUCCAGGCCAACCUCUGGAACCUGGCCAGCAACAUCAACAUCCCGCUGGGCCAAACGGCCACCAGCGUGACCACGCCCAUCCUGCCCAACCCGCCGCAGCAGCCUUCGCCGGUCCUCGGCGCCGAUGCCAUCACCCCGGCCUCCAUCCAGCUGCUGCAGCAACUGCAGGCGGUUGGCUUGCAGCAGCAGUUGCUGCAAGCCCUCACAGGACUGGGCGCCCAGCAGAGCAGCUCGGCGACGGACACAAGCGCAGUUGCGGCCGCCGGACUCUUGACCCCGAUGACCGUCCAGAAUCUAGCGGCCAUUGCGGCCAUGACGCAGCCGAGUCUCUCGAAUGCCGCCGCGGCAGCCGCCGCUGCCACAUCGCCGGGAAGCGCCCAACUGACCAACACGGCUGCGCUGCUCUGCCUCUUGGGUAAAAAGGCAGCGGCCAAAAAAUCAGCCAAAAAGACAGGGUCCGAUCCGAAUCCUCUGGCAUCGGCAUACAUGUCAACUGCCGCCGGUCUGCCGCAAUUCGGGAGCGCCAGUGCAUUGUCCACUUCGCCGCUGGCCAGCGUUGCCCUCAGCGCCGCCGCCGCCGCCGCAGCGGGAAAGCAGAUUGAAGGACCCGAGGGCUGCAACCUUUUCAUCUACCAUCUGCCGCAGGAGUUCACCGACACGGAUCUGGCCUCCACGUUCCUGCCCUUCGGCAAUGUGAUCUCGGCCAAGGUGUUCAUCGACAAGCAGACCAGCCUGUCCAAGUGCUUCGGCUUCGUCUCGUUCGACAAUCCGGACUCGGCCCAGGUGGCCAUAAAGGCGAUGAACGGUUUCCAGGUGGGCACCAAGCGCCUCAAGGUGCAGCUGAAGAAGCCCAAGGACUCGAAGCCCUACUAGAGGCCACCGUCGGCAGCGAGCUUACCCCCGGACACAUCGAGUAGAGGAGCACUGAGAUUUGUGAAAUAUGGAGUAGUCAAUGAAUGAAGAGUGGCCCGUGUAGAGCGCGCGUUGCAAGAGUAAACGAUGAUGCGAAGGCCAACGUUGUACGUAUCAACAAAACCAAUCAAAGCAAAACCAAGAGCAGAAAAAGACAUGAAAUCUGUGCCAAACAAAAAGACAGAAUCACUUAUGAUUUAGCACGUUAAAUGUUGAAUUAGAAACAAAAAAAAAAAAAAAGAACAAAAAAAUACAGAAAUCAAAAACUCAAAAACGAAAUCAAAAAGAAACGAAUAAUACAACACUUAGACCGUAGAUUAGUUAACUUUCUGUUGAAGUUCCCUUCGAACCCAAACUUUUACGACUCGUUUUCCUAAUUUUAAACUGUCGUACGAGUUGGUUGAACCAUUGCCUUUUAUUAAAUAUUUUGUAUACAUCCUCAUGACUCACAAACGAAAGAAACAAAAAAAUAAAAAACAAACAAAAAAAUUAAAUUACAAGAUCUGUUCGAGUGUUAGGCUUAAGUUUUUGAUAUAACUAAUAAUUUAAUACACACUCUUUCUCUGUUUGAUUUGUUCAUCACUCAUGUUGCAAGUCACAAUGAAGUUUUUUAUUAUAACUAUAUACCCACAUGAUAUAUAUGCUAGUUAUAGUUACAAGUUACUCGUUUUGUUCAAUGGAUUAUCUCUUUUUAUAUAUCUACAUUUAUGCUGACGCGCAUAAUUAGUUUUUAGUUAUCUGAUUUGUUACACCCCCAAACUAACUCACAUAUUUUAUUUGUAAUGAAAAAUGGAAAUGUUUUUGUUAACCACAUUAGAGGUACAACUUUAGUUUUAUAAUUAGUUGAACAAACCAAUUCACAUACGCUUCUCAGUGUUAUUUAAGCGAUUUGUAAAGGAAACGAACUAUGCCUAAAAAGACAACAAACCAAAUGAAAAUGAAAAAGAAAAAGGAAAACUUGUUAUUUAUGUUGAAGUCUUAUUAUUGGAGUUUAUUAUUUUAUUUUUAGUUUCUAUCAAUUGCCACAUCAUCCAAAUUUACGCAAAUCUGGUAUUAUAUUAUAACAUAUGAUUCAUUUCAUGGUAAACUCUUUGUUUUAGUUGAAGGUUAAUUGGCUUUUUGUCGUUGCACAUCUUGAAGUAGAUAAGUGCCUUAUGUAGCAUACUUUGUUUAUGUAAAAAUCAUGCACAUAUGUAAACAUUCAUACCACAGCAUACAUAUCUAAAUAAAGUUCUGUUCUCUGUUUCAAAUGCACAAAACUCGA